ACACUCGCCUUCGAGCCCUAGUCUGAAUCCGAUCGACUCCUCGACUUCUCAACCACCGCCAACAUGAAAUUCUUCAUCGCCGUCGUCGCCCUGGCCGCAGUCGCCACCGCAGCCCCCCAGAGCCACCACGAGCCCAUCGCCAUCCUCAAGCAGACCAACGACGUGAGCCCCGACGGCAGCUACUCGUGGAGCUUCGAGACCGAGAACGGCAUCGCCGCCGGGGAGUCCGGGGUCCCCCAGGUCGUGGGUGACGAGACGCCGGUGGUCGCCCAGGGCAGCUACGCUUACACGGCCCCCGACGGCACCCCCAUCGGCCUCAGCUACGUCGCCAACGAGAACGGCUUCCAGCCCCAGGGCAGCCACCUCCCGACCCCCCCGACCAUCCCAGAGCCCAUCAUGAGGGCUCUCGAGUACAUCAGGACGCAUCCCCAGCCAGCCGAAAACAGCCGGUUCUAAGAGAUUGGCAGCACCUACUGAUAAACAUACAUGGUCGCUUGAUCGAUAAUUUGGAAUUUUGCUCUCAACCAAUUUGGCAGCAAAGUUCCGAAUCUUCAUUUUUUUCUACUUUGUAUCUUACUCAAUCUAUACAUAUAUUUUGCUACUAUGUUGCAACACUUGUAAAUAAUCAAUAA